UUUAGACAAGGAUGCUGCUGUACGUGAUCGUGGCAUGGUGCUCUCUGGCACAUGCUGCUGCUGCAACUUGUUCACACAGCGAUUCCAGUCUUCUAGAUUGGGACUCGACGGAGGCUUGGGAUGGGGCGGAGAACAUACCCGAGGCUAAAGAGGUAGCCACCAUAGCUACUGGGAAGCACAUUCGCCUCAACGUUAUCCCGCCAGACCUAAAAGGAAUUGUUAUUGAGUCUGGGGCCAGUCUUGUUUGGGGCGAUGUUAAGGAUCUUGUCGUCACGACGGACUACAUCCACGUCAAGGGCAAGUUUAUCGUCGGGGAUAAAGAUUGUCCUUUUACCAAGAAGGCUCAUAUAAGAUUGACAGGUAAAUCCAAUACUGGAAACAAAGUGCCGAAAUUCGGCAUGAAGGUUAUAGGGGUAGACGAGGGUGGCACGAUAGAACUCCACGGCGCCGUGAAGAAAUCGUGGACACAGCUCAUACAGACAGCACUGCCGCCCUCGGAAACAUGUGGAGUCGUCUUUGAUUUCCGGGAAAGUCAGUUCAAGGAUGAGAACGGGAAAGGAUUGUUUGCCAUCGCCUUCAACCUCGACAGUAGCGUUUACGAUGUUGGCGUCUUUAAAACAGCAGACGCAAGAGACACAACAGCUGAAGAAAGAUUUGAUGACUUUAUCCGCAACAUACCCGACGAUAAGAUUCUGGUCGUCGCUGUGAACAGAUUCCUCGGAAGGGGAACAGUGACACGUGACUGGGACACGAUCUACGCAGCCGUGGAAAGUGUGGGGGGUCUGACUUCAUCGCAGCUGAGGAACGUCCGGGGUCAAGAAGCAUAUGCCUUUAUCACGAGGACAGGGGAUGCAAGUUCUACUCUGGAAGAACACGCCCGCAACAGGAACAAUGAAGCGUCUGUUUCCACUAGCGAGCUGGCCAUAUUCGACGACACCAAUAACCUGAAAUUCUCCGUGAAAAGCACCGUGUAUGCCACGAUGACCAGGGGCCUUGACAUCCGGGUUCUAGCAGCUGACGUAGCACGGCCUAAGAUUAAGCUCAACGAUGACGUCACUUCAUGGGUACCCGGUGACGACAUUGUCAUAGCAUCAACCGAUUUUGACUGGAAACAAGCAGAAGAGUUUACACUGGUUGAAUGUAGCGACUGUCAAGCCAAUGAAGUCCGCCUAGACCAUCCCUUCGAAUAUCUUCACUAUGGGGAGGUAACUGAAGGAGUAGAUGAGAGAGCGGAAGCUGGGCUCAUGACUCGUACCAUCUUGAUUGAGGGCAUCAUGGAGGAUGAAUGCUACGAGUUUGAUGACAAGGACAGGUUUCUGUGCAACAUUUUCACGAAGGACGUACACGGGGGACAUCUAAAGAUCAUUCGAGGAUUUACUGCUGCUCACAUCGAAGGAGUUGAACUUUAUCAUAUGGGACAACAGAAAUUCGUAGGAAGCUACCCGCUUCACUUUCACAUGUGCGAUGACGUGGAAGGUAACUGGUUCCGCAACAACUCCAUCCAUCACUCCCUGACUCGCUGUGUGACAGUACACGGCACCGACCAUGCCGAGGUUAGCGACAACAUGUGUUACCUGACACAUGGGCACGGUUACUUCUUCGAGGACGGCGCCGAGCAAUGGAACAUCUUCGACGGUAACCUUGGCAUCGGUACCCAACACGGCACCCACACUCUUGCAGACAUGCGAGUAGACUGGUGUAAUGACACGAUGAAGCCCUAUUGCGAUGCUUUGUCUACCUUCUGGCUGACACAUCCAAACAAUUACGUGAGGAACAACGUGGCGGCCGGCUCCGAUAACGCUGGCUACUGGUACCUCGUCUCAUCACUACCCCUUGGGCCCUCUAGGGCUAGACAGGAGGAGAGGAAGCUGGUCGGGUUCAAACACGCUUUCCAUUCCAAGAUCCUGGAAUAUAAUAACAAUGUGGCUCACUCCUGUAAAGGGCGAGGACUACGUAUUGAUGACCGUCUGUCUGAUGGCGAGUAUGAUGAUAAAGGUGUGUGGGUUCCUCAGAAUGGGGUGUUCCAGGCGCAGACCACCCACGUGCCUAAAGACCCCCCACAACCUGAUGGGAAAACCGUUACCUCCUAUAUGAGCAGGUCCCGUUUUUAUAAGAAUUCGAACCAGAAUGUAUGGACUAAAGGCGGGAAUCUGGUGAUGAACCGCUUCACGAUAGCAGAUUCGGUUCGUGGACUGACCAUGGCUAGAAGCGACCCACAUACAUACACAGAAAUAAAGAAUUCAGUCUUUGUUGGAGAAACUGGCAAUCUUGGUCUUAAACAGGAGCCAUUUGGUCGCUCCCGGCCCGCAUUGGCAAAUGAGGCUCUCCAGGGGGUGAGGUUCUACCAAGGUCCCGCCUACGUAACCAACUGUUUCUUUAACAAGUUCACACCCUAUCAGACGGACAAACUGUUCAGACCAGCGGGAGCAAUCAGCAUGAAACGGAUAACCCCCUACCCCGCAUCUCCUACCACUGGUGUCUCGGGCAUCUCCUUUGGAUUUUGUGACAAGGUUGGCGGCAACUGGGUCUACAAUGGCAACCUGUCCGUGACUGGGUUCGGCAACCGAGACGGCAACCGACAAGCCAGUUUCCAUGACUACGACGGCAGCGUGACCGGAACAGCUGGGUCACAGGUCAUCAUGAAUGACAGGUUCUUAACGACGUCCAGGUGCCGGUACGAGGACGACUGGAACAUGGCAGUCUGCCCCUACGAAUAUGCCCGGGCUAUAUUCAAAGGAAAAGGAGGGGUUCUGGAAAAACGAUCGAAAGACUACGCAAUGUACAUGAGGCGGGACGACAGACCUGAUGAGGACUUUCGGUUGAUUGGUGAAAGGGGCAUGGACUAUCUUCUGAUCAAGAACAUGUCCUACACCGCUUACUUCAACGGGUCAACUCCUACAGAACUCGAGGUCACCGGGCAGAAUUUGAAAAAGGGCGAUUUCAUUCGUAUCGGGUUGUGUUUCCCGAUUGAUACAGAAAGUUUUACCUUCAAAAGUAAGUUUCCUGAGAUAACUGCCAGUUUACCGGCAACCCGACUGAACUCCAUUUCCGAGCUUGACAAGGACAAUUCUGGAACAGCCUACUUCUGGGACAAGCCAAGAGGUCUACUGUUCCUGAAGAUAGUUGGAUCUGCCAACCGUAUCAACCACGAGAUCUGCCCCGGAAAGAACUGCCCCGCCAUCACUAUCACACGUGUGGGUGGAAGCAAGGCAACGGUAGACUGUUACAACGACGCCUACGUUGAUGGACCAUACACAAAGGAAGAGGAUACAUCAACGCCCAUACCUGCCAAGGCUACCUGCAAAAUUGGAACACCCAAGGGUUUAGGAAUGCCAAUUGCGCCGAACAACUACCCAACAGAGACCUUUAAGCCCAGGUGUCCAGCUGAGCCGGAAUACCCAGAUCCAAUUUCAAAGGGCUGUUAUAAGGAUGUGUCUGACCAUCAUGAUCUUCCCCAUGCUAGGACAACUCUCUUCACAUCUAUGACGGUGGAGUUUUGUUCUCAAAGGUGUUACCAGAGGAACUAUGCCUAUGCGGCCCUUCAGAACGGCAACCGGUGUUACUGUGGAAAUACCUUUGGGGCGUAUGGAGAAACUCCCGGCGACUGUGACAAGGACUGCACGGGAAAUAGCGCUCAAACGUGUGGCGGCAUGGAUAGGAAUUCUGUAUAUGCAACAGGAAUAGAACCAACCAGCGCUGGCCAGACAGCAUGUGGACCUGACAAUGCUGGUGUGGUGAUCAACAACAUGUGUUACUACUUGUCACCUGAGAAGGGCACCUACAGUGAUGGCCAACGGACAUGCGUUAAACUUGGAGGGAACCUAGCAACCAUCAAUACAGAAGACAUUCAGAAUGAAGUGGUACAAUACAUGCGACCUAAAAGGGUAGAUGCUUGGUUUGGCCUGAAUGAUAUCGCAGAAGAAGGCACGCUGGCGUAUGUGGACGGAACUUCUUUCGGCAACUACGACAACACAAUGGAUGGUCAAGGAGGCAACGAGAACCAGGACGGAUACGUUAUACAGCAAAGUGUGCUUUACAAAUGGAACGAUCGUUCCGUCAAUGAGAAACAGAAGGCAUUGUGUGAGAUUCCCCUUGGAACCAAGCCACCAUCAGGAGAGGAGUGUGGUGCUAACGGUCUUGGAAAACGAUUUGGAUCAGGGUCGUGCUACGCUGUGGUAAACACACUGGGCAGUCAUUUUGAAUCCCAGUACGCGUGUUACACAAGGAUGGGAACUCUUGUCACGGUCACGGACGCCAACAGGGCUGAAAUUCUUCAACACAUCUAUAUGUAUGGAGACUCUGUGGAUUACUGGACUGAGGAGAAGGCCCCUUUAAAGAAACGCUACGAAUUAGCUUUGAAAAUGCUCUACGCCAAGGCGACUGCAUCGCCUAACAAGAAGAACGGCGCCGUAUGUUUAAUGGAAACCGUUUCAACAAGCAAACCAUGCUCAACAGGAUGGAAGUAUCUGGAAGCAACCAACAGCUGCUACCUCUAUACCAAAGGUUUUGCCUCAAGCUUUGACAAAGCGUAUGCAUUGUGCAAACAAGGCGCCAGUGCCAUGUUGACUGUCCAUAGUCAAGCUGAAAACGAGUUUGCGUCCAAAAUCGUGAAUGACCUGGGAAGGAAAAACAUCUUUCUUGGUACCAAAUAUAGCUCCGACUCCAAAUUGUUUGAGUGGGUGGAUGGAUCAGAGGGCGAUUAUGACAAUUGGAAAGCGCCGGAAGGACCUGGCAAUACGGUCAAAGGGAAGUGCGCGCGGUUGCGCUCCUCUGACGGGAAAUGGUUCAACAGAGACUGUGCCAAGUCAGGGAACGUCAUCUGUAAGGCUCCCGCGGGAGCGUAAAUGUUGCAGUUGGAAGUAAAUAAAGGUUUAAAUCAUAUGUCAAUAUACCUGUAAUGUGUAAUGAUAAUAAGUCAUGAUAAAAAUUCAAGUCAA